AUGGGUCAGAUAACUGGUCCACAAAACACUAGACUUCCUAGGGCACUUCCAAGUGAUACUGAUAUGAAUCCAAAGCUAUGUAAUGCUGUUACUCUUUGGAAUGGGAGAGAAUUAGAGAAAGUGGCUCCAAAAAAGACCAGUCUAGUACACGUGAAUGUCCCGUUGGUUGAUAUGUUGCAGGGUAUUCCAAACUAUGCUAAGUACAUCAAAGAUAUUGUUGCAAACAAGAGUCGAUUCACAGAGUAUGCCACGAUUGCACUUAUUGAAGAGUGCACUUCUCGUAUUCAGAACAGGUUGCCCAAAAAUUUGAAGGAUCCCGAAAGUUUCACGAUUGAUAUUUCUAUUGGGAAGCAUAUUGUUGCUCGAGCACUAUGUGAUCCGGGUGCAAGUACAAAUUUGAUGCCUUCAUCUAUUUUCAGGAAGUUGGGUUUGGGAGUCCCCAAACCAACCACUAUAGUUCUUCAGCGGGUAAACAGAUCAUUGGCAAGACCCAAGGGCAUUAUUGAAGAUGUAUUAGUGCAAGUGGGGUUUUUGAUCAUUCCUACAGACUUCGUGAUUUUGGACUUCGAGCCAAAUUCAGAAGUCCCAUUUAUUUUGGGGCGUCUAUUCUUGGCCCCUGAAAGGGCACUUAUUGAUAUAGCUGCUGGGCAACUCAACAUGAGAGUACAUGACAAAGUUGAUGUCUUGAAUGUGUACAAGGCUCUGAAGAUGCCUGCAGUCUAUGAGGAGUUAUCAGCCAUUACUAUUCUAAAUGAUGAUACCCGAAGGCCACUAAUCACUUGUUGUGAUCCUUUGGAGAGAUCCUUAUUGGGUGAUGAUAUUUUUGGUGACACUGAGAUGUUUGAGAUGGUGCAGACUCUGGAUAUGGUGAGCAUUUAUAUUCGUGAGGGCGAGUUUGAGCCCUUGGACUUAAAAAUUGGAGUAACUCUGAAGUUGUCAAUUGAAGAGCCUCUGAAGUUGGAGUUGAAGCCCCUACCUGCACAUCUUAAAUAUUCAUUCUUAGGCGAGGGUGAUACCUUGCCAGUGAUAUUAGCAGUAGAGUUGACCGACGAAGAGGUUAGUGUUUGUAUGGAAGUGUUGAAGUCUCACAAAUGGGUAUUAGGUUGGCAGAUAUCUGAUAUUCAGGGCAUUAGCCCAGCGUUGUGCAUGCAUAAGAUGCUCAUGAAGGAUAGUCAUAAGACGAGUGCACAGUAUCAAAAGAGACUAAAUCCUGUGAUGAAGAGGUUGUCAAGAAAGAGGUAA